GCCGCGGCCGAAGGAGAAGUAGCAGCGCCCGCGUCGGAGGGCGUGCGCGGCAGGGAGUCCCGGGAGCCCGGACGGCGGGCGGCUGCGCGCGGGACCCCGGAGCCGGGACCCGCGGCAGGGGCGCAGCCAGCCUCCUUGUUCACCCCCUUCCUCCUCACCUCCCCCCUGGGGAGCAGACGACCACGAGCACCAUGGCCAACGUGGACACCCUCCCGGAGUAUGAGAAGAGUCAGAUCAAGCGGGCCCUGGAGCUGGGCACCGUCAUGACCGUGUUCAGCUUCCGCAAGUCCACCCCGGAGCGGAGGACCGUCCAGGUGAUCAUGGAGACGCGGCAGGUGGCCUGGAGCAAGACGGCCGACAAGAUCGAGGGCUUCCUGGACAUCAUGGAGAUAAAGGAGAUCCGGCCGGGGAAGAACUCCAAGGAUUUCGAGCGCGCGAAAGCGGUCCGCCAGAAGGACGAGUGCUGCUUCACCAUCCUCUACGGCACCCAGUUUGUGCUCAGCACGCUCAGCCUGGCAGCCGACUCGAAGGAAGAUGCCGCUAAGUGGCUGUCUGGCUUGAAGAUCUUACACCAGGAAGUGAUGAGCGCGUCCACCCCCACCAUCAUCGAGAGCUGGCUGAGAAAGCAGAUUUAUUCUGUGGACCAAACCAGGAGAAACAGCAUCAGCCUCCGGGAGUUGAAGACCAUCUUGCCCCUGGUCAACUUCAAAGUGAGCAGUGCCAAGUUCCUCAAAGAUAAGUUCGUGGAAAUAGGCGCACACAAAGAUGAACUCAGCUUUGAACAGUUCCAUCUCUUCUAUAAAAAACUUAUGUUUGAACAGCAAAAAUCGAUCCUUGACGAAUUCAAAAAGGAUUCUUCCGUGUUCCUCUUGGGCAACACCGACCGGCCGGACGCCUCUGCUGUCCACCUGCACGACUUCCAGCGGUUUCUCUUGCAUGAACAGCAGGAGCUUUGGGCUCAGGAUCUGAGCAAAGUCCGUGAGCGGAUGACGAAGUUUAUUGACGACACCAUGAGGGAAACUGCUGAACCCUUCUUGUUUGUGGAUGAGUUCCUCACGUUCCUGUUUUCCCGGGAGAACAGCAUCUGGGACGAGAAGUAUGACGUGGUGGACAUGCAGGACAUGAACAACCCCUUGUCUCAUUACUGGAUCUCCUCGUCUCACAACACGUACCUCACGGGGGACCAGCUGCGGAGCGAGUCGUCCCCGGAGGCCUACAUCCGCUGCCUGCGGAUGGGCUGCCGCUGCAUCGAGCUGGACUGCUGGGACGGGCCCGACGGCAAGCCCAUCAUCUACCACGGCUGGACGCGGACCACAAAGAUCAAGUUCGACGACGUCGUGCAGGCCAUCAAAGACCACGCCUUUGUCACCUCCAGCUUCCCCGUGAUCCUGUCCAUCGAGGAGCACUGCUGUGUGGAGCAGCAGCGCUACAUGGCCCGGGUGUUCAAGGAGGUGCUUGGAGACCUGCUGCUGACCAAACCCAAGGAGGCCAGUGCCGACCAGCUGCCGUCGCCCAGCCAGCUGCGAGGGAAGAUCAUCAUCAAGCAUAAGAAGCUGGGCCCCCGAGGCGACGUGGACGUGAACAUGGAGGACAGGAAGGACGAGCACAAGCAGCAGGGCGAGCUGCACAUGUGGGACCCCAUCGACCAGAAAUGGACUCGGCACUACUGUGCCAUUGCUGAUGCCAAGCUGUCCUUCAGCGAUGACAUUGAACAGACUGUGGAAGAGGAGCUGCCGCUGGAUAUACCCCCCACGGAGCUGCAUUUUGGGGAGAAGUGGUUCCACAAGAAGGUGGAGAAGAGGACAAGUGCUGAGAAGCUGCUGCAGGAAUACUGCGCUGAGACAGGGGGCAAGGACGGGACCUUCUUGGUGCGAGAGAGCGAGACCUUCCCCAACGACUACACCCUGUCCUUCUGGCGGUCGGGCCGCGUGCAGCACUGCCGGAUCCGCUCCACCAUGGAGGGCGGGACCAUGAAGUACUAUCUGACUGACAACCUCAUGUUCAGCAGCAUCUUCGCCCUCAUCCAGCACUACCGCGAGACACACCUGCGCUGCGCCGAGUUUGAGCUCCGGCUGACCGACCCCGUGCCCAACCCCAACCCGCACGAGUCCAGGCCGUGGUACUAUGACGGGCUGAGCCGCGGAGAGGCGGAGGACAUGCUGAUGCGGGUGCCCCGGGACGGGGCCUUCCUGAUCCGGAAGCGGGAAGGUACCGACUCCUACGCCAUCACCUUCAGGGCCAGGGGCAAGGUGAAGCACUGUCGCAUCAACCGAGACGGCCGGCACUUCGUGCUGGGCACCUCCGCCUACUUCGAGAGCCUCGUGGAGCUGGUCAGCUACUACGAGAAGCACGCGCUCUACCGGAAGAUGAAACUGCGCUACCCCGUGACCCCCGAGCUCCUGGAGCGCUACAACAUGGAAAGAGAUAUAAACUCCCUCUAUGACGUCAGCAGAAUGUAUGUGGAUCCCAGUGAAAUCAAUCCUUCAAUGCCUCAGAGAACCGUGAAAGCUCUGUAUGAUUACAGAGCCAAGCAGAGCGAUGAGCUGAGCUUUUGCCGUGGUGCCCUCAUCCACAACGUCUCCAAGGAGCCUGGGGGCUGGUGGAAAGGAGACUAUGGAACCAGAAUCCAGCAGUACUUCCCGUCCAAUUACGUCGAGGACAUUUCACCAAUGGAAGGGGAGGAGGCGGAUAAGCAAAUUAUUGAAGACAAUCCCUUAGGGUCCCUUUGCAGAGGAAUCCUGAAUCUCAACAUCUAUAAUGUUGUAAAAGCCCCACACGGGAAGAACCAGAAGCCUUUCGUCUUUAUCUUGGAGCCCAAGAAGCAGGGCGACCCUCCGGUAGAGUUUGCCACGGACAGCGUGGAGGAGCUGUUUGAGUGGUUCCAGAGCAUCCGUGAGAUCACCUGGAAGAUGGACACCAAGGAGAACAACAUGAAGUACUGGGAGAAGAACCAGUCCAUUGCCAUCGAGCUCUCGGACCUCGUCGUCUACUGCAAGCCAACCAGCAAGACCAAGGACAACCUCGAAAACCCCGACUUCCGAGAAAUCCGCUCCUUCGUGGAGACAAAGGCUGACAGUAUCGUCAGACAGAAGCCCGGCGAUCUCCUGAAAUAUAAUCAAAAGGGUCUGACCCGUGUUUACCCCAAAGGACAGCGGGUGGACUCGUCCAACUACGACCCCUUCCGCCUCUGGCUGUGUGGCUCCCAGAUGGUGGCGCUCAAUUUCCAGACUCCAGAUAAGUACAUGCAGAUGAACCACGCCCUGUUCUCCCUCAGUGGGCGGACGGGCUACGUCCUGCAGCCUGAGAGCAUGAGGGCGGAGAAGUACGACCCCAUGCCACCCGAGUCCCAGAGGAAGAUCCUGAUGACCCUGACGGUCAAGGUUCUGGGGGCCCGUCAUCUCCCCAAACCCGGACGAAGCAUCGCGUGUCCCUUUGUGGAGGUGGAGAUCUGUGGAGCAGAGUAUGACAACAACAAGUUCAAGACGACAGUUGUGAAUGACAAUGGCCUCAGCCCUGUUUGGACCCCAAUGCAGGAGAAGGUGACGUUUGAGAUUUAUGAUCCCAACCUUGCAUUUCUGCGCUUUGUGGUUUAUGAGGAAGAUAUGUUCAGCGAUCCCAACUUUCUGGCCCAUGCCACGUACCCCAUUAAAGGAAUCAAGUCAGGAUUUAGAUCUGUUCCUCUGAAGAACGGCUACAGUGAAGACAUUGAGCUGGCGUCCCUCCUGGUUUUCUGUGAGAUGCGGCCAGUCCUGGAGAGCGAAGAGGAGCUGUAUUCCUCCUGCCGCCAGCUGCGGAGGCGGCAGGAAGAACUGAACAACCAGCUCUUUCUGUACGACACCCACCAGAACCUGCGCAGCGCCAACCGCGAUGCCCUGGUCAGAGAAUUCAACGUCAACGAGAACCAGCUGCAGCUGUACCAGGAGAAGUGCAACCGCAGGUUAAGAGAGAAGAGAGUCAGCAACAGCAAGUUUUACUCAUAGAAGCUGGGGUCCAUGUGAAUGAUGAAGUAGCAGCGUAGAGGACAGAAGGCCCAGCAUCUGUUCAGCUGCUGUGCUGUAGGAUCCACACCCAGCCAUGUCCUCGCAGAGCAGAGCAGCGCAGCUGAGGGCAGGUGCUGACAUUCUCAAUGGUGCUGACAAGAACCCUUGCCCUGAAAAAUUGGCUUCUCCUCCCACGUGCUACAGUGAUGUCGAUUCAGCACCACAGAGUAUUUGCCUUGGCCCCACCAUUCUCCCGUAAUAGGGUAACACAUGAAUCUGGUCAUGUUGGUGGUGGGAGUCUCUCCAUGAGGAUGCACAGAGAGAGAAAGAGGGGCACCGAUGACAUCGCUGCUCUUCCCUGAGUCUGCCCGGAUGCCGCGUAACCUGAGUAUAAAGUACCUAGCUGAGACUCUGCUUUCACAGCCACGUGAAGGGCACAGCCAACUCAGACGAAGCAGAAGAGGGACAGGAACAUUCUGAAAGAGGGCAGCAGCUCUGAGGGACUCAGGCCACGACUGCCUGUGUGCACAGCGGUCUAUUCUACUGAAUAGGGAAAUGGUGAACAUUGGUUAUUACGUGGAAGACGAAAUGGAGGAGGCUGGUCAGAUAAUUUGAGUUUGGGAAAUUUAGGUUGGAGAAAGUUAAUUUCUCUGCUGUAAACUUGGCUAUUCUAACGUGCACACUGAAGAGGGGGUAGAAUGUGACAUUUCCUAAGUCUGAUCUGAGAACACUUUUGCCAAGAAACAUCUUACAGGACUAGUCACAUAGGAACACAUUUGAGGACCUGCUUCUCUAUUAAAGACAGUGACAUGACCUAAUAAUUUAUAUGCUUUACGAUGUAGUUAAAUCAGAUCUGAACUUAAGCCAAGGCCAGUGGUUUUUAAACUGGGCCAGCCUUACCACUAGCAGUCUACCAGAGCUUUCUAAGGAGUCACAGACUCAUUUUUUCAGGGGAUCAAUGUUCAGAUCCUCGACUUCCUGUUGCACUCUAUCCAAAGAUUCAUCAGCGUGAGAAGAUGUGCUUUUCUCCCCUUACAGAAGGAAGUAGGUCUUCUCCCCACAUUCAGUCUUACUGUAGAGCAGGACUCGAGAUGCAGUUUCAAAGCACUGUGUUUGGAAAGUGAAAGCCUCUUAACAGGAUACCGAUCCUUCUCCAGCGCUGAUGGUUUCCAGUUCCUUGCUUUCAACAAAACUGAAGGAGUACCCAGAUAGCAUGUAAUUCUGAAGGAGAUGGCUUUACCCUGCUGUCACUAACUCCUCCUGUUCUCAUUUGUCUGUGAAAAAGGAUCACUAGCAUUCCCAUUUGUACAACUGAAAGUGGAGAGCAGAACUGAUACUGUCCCACGGCCGUUCUACCAGAGAUAACGGUAAUCCACACAGAGAUCAAGGAAUGGAGGAGAAGCCUUCUUUGACUCAUUACAUUGCCAGUGGAAUUUUACUGUGUUUAGUUCUUUAUUACAUGUGUACGCUGUUUAUUAAACAAGCUGAAUUCAGAAGAAAUUUAAAAUAGGUGGAGCCUUUUUAAAUGAUGGUGUAGGUAGGGUGAUGUGUAAUUUUGUUACAGAUAUGCAACUAAACAAUAUAUAAGCCAAGAAUAAUUAGGUUACAAUUUUGUAAAGUAGAAUAAAAAUAUAAAUUCAAUGAGUAAAAAAAAAUGUGGCAUUUCCUACCGUUAAAAAUUCCCUUGUUUGUAGAAUUUUUUGAAAGGACGGUAGUGUCUGUCACCAAUUGUAUUUAGAACCUUUGGCUAUAUUUAAAGGGAAAUGGAAAUAUCUUACCCGAAGAUGCAGUAUCUACCAUAUACCGCAUGCACCUUUGCAACUGUUCAGGAUGAAAUUAUUAGACAUCAAUGUAGAAAUGCGUAAGGGGACCCACGAAUUUUCCACAGUCACUUAUGAGGUCUCUGAGCAUAAAAUUUUAAGAAGACUGAUCCAGGGUCACUAAGGGUGAGUUUUAUUUGGACUUAAGAAGGAUGGUUGAAGGGGGCUCUAGUUCUUUUAAUUUCUAGAAGUGUAGCUGAUCUUUCCAUAUAGGUGAUAUCCAGCUUUUUGGAGACAACCCUAAAAGCUAUAUUCUUAUCAACAGAAAGCUGAUCAUUAGAUAAAGAAAUACGCAGAAUUAUAAAACUGGCAUUUGAAAACUACUCAGUGAUUUUGUGUCAUUUUCAUUCUCAAAAUAUUUUCUUCCUGAAGAACCAGUUCCAUGGUGAUCCUGUCUCAGAAAUGUCCAUACUUAUUUCUCAAUAGGCUUUAAAAAGCUGCAUUUGUAAACGUGUGUUUAUUAUUAAAGCUUAAUUUAUUUUUUAUAUAAAUAGUGUGUGCUUGUGUGUACAUAGAGAAUCAUGUGAAUGUAUCACACAGAUGUUGGCUGUUGUUAAUGUGAGAAUUAAAUGGCUAUAUCACGUUUUAAAAAAAUAAAUCUUUGUCUCAUUCAA